AUGACAGAAAGAGACAACAAUUCACCAUCGGGAGUCGGAGACGCAGUGUUACCGGGAGUAAGAGGAGCAGCAACAAUGGGAGCAAGAGGGGCAGCAGUGUUGGGAGCAGCAAUGUCGAAAGCAGCAUUACCAGGAGCAGGAGGAGCAGCAAUGUCGGGGGUGUCGGGGGCAACAGUGUUGGGGGGUGUCGGAAGCAGCAGUGUCUGCGGUGUCGGGAACAGCAGUGUCGGCGGUGUCGGAAACAGCCGUGCCGGUAGCAGGAGGGGCAGCAUUACUGGGAGCAGGAGGGGCAGCAGUGUCGGGGGCAGCAGUGCUAGAAGCAGCCCAACAACAUGA